AUGUAUGACAAUUUGUACCUGCAUGGAUUUGAAGACUCGGAGGCGGGCUCAGCUGAUUCCUACACAAGCAGACCAUCGGACUCAGAUGUCUCUCUGGAGGAGGAGCGGGAGGCCCCGGCCCAGACCCGAGAGCAGAAGGAGCAGCAGGCCACCGUGCAGCUGGAGAGAGCCAAGGCUAAAGCCGUGGCCUUUGCUGUGAAGACCAACGUCAGCUACUGUGGAGCAUUGGACGAGGACGUGCCGGUGCCAGCAACCGCCAUCUCAUUCGAUGCUAAGGACUUCCUUCACAUAAAGGAGAAGUUCAACAACGACUGGUGGAUCGGCCGGCUGGUCAAGGAGGGCUGUGAGAUCGGCUUCAUCCCCAGUCCCCUAAAGCUAGAGAACAUCCGCAUCCAGCAGGAACAGAAGAGAGGGCGAGUCCAAGGUAAGUCUGGAGGCAAUUCUUCCUCAAGUGUAGAGGAUGAGGUGUCCGCCUCGAUCAGACCCCUUAUCUCCUCUGCAGGAAAGCAGAAACAAAAAGUGACUGAACACGUCCCCCCUUAUGACGUGGUGCCAUCCAUGAGGCCUGUGGUGCUGGUGGGGCCCUCCCUCAAGGGCUAUGAGGUGACGGAUAUGAUGCAGAAAGCACUCUUUGACUUCCUCAAGCAUAGAUUUGACGGCAGGAUAUCUAUCACACGAGUCACAGCAGAUAUAUCAUUAGCCAAGAGGUCUGUUCUGAAUAACCCCAGCAAGCGGGCCAUCAUCGAGAGAUCAAACACCAGGUCCAGUUUAGCGGAGGUGCAGAGUGAGAUAGAGAGGAUCUUUGAGCUGGCCAGGUCCCUACAGCUGGUGAUCCUGGACGCAGACACCAUCAAUCACCCAGCCCAGCUGCUCAAGACCUCGUUGGCUCCCAUCAUCGUCCAUGUCAAGGUCUCCUCGCCCAAGGUUCUGCAGAGGCUGGUCAAGUCCAGAGGGAAGUCCCAGAGCAAGCAUCUGAACGUACAGCUGGUGGCAGCUGACAAACUGGCCCAGUGUCCUCCGGAGAUGUUUGACAUCAUCCUGGAUGAGAACCAGUUGGAGGAUGCGUGUGAACACUUGGCUGAGUAUCUGGAGGCCUACUGGAAGGCCACACACACCUCCAUGGCCACGCCGCUCAACCCCCUGCUGGGACGCAACCUGGGCCCCACCGCCCUCACUCCUUACCCCACCACCAUCUCUGGACUGCAGGAGGUGAACCAGCAGACUCAAAGAAUAAGACAACACAGCAACCACACGGGAGACCACUCCACGCCCAACGAGCGUCGCAACCUAAUGACCGCAGACGAGAACUACCACAACGAGCGGGCGCACAAGGGACGCAACCGCAUGUCGUCGGGCUCACAGCACAGCCGAGACCAAGACCCGUACCACCAGGACUACCAGGACCCCUACCAAGACUCCUACAAGCCCCACCGCAACCGCUCCUCCCCGGGCAGCUACAGCCACGACUCCCGGCACAGGCUUUGAGCCCGAAUGACGUCCCAGCUUCACAACCCUUAUAGGCCUCAAGUCAACUCUCUGGUGGCAACAGAGUCAAAAUGGUUCCUGUUCAAAAUAUUGUGUCCAAUUCUGUUGUUUUCGAUUAUUUGUUUUACUUCAGGCGUUAGAUGAGGAGUAGUCCCGCCCUCCUGAACAAAACCUCCAAUCACCUCUCAUUCCCAUUCUGUCUCAGUCUUGCCUUGGCACUGGCAGGGACCCCUGUUAAGCAAUGUGGUCAGGAUGAGGAAGAAGGAUAUGAUGCUAAUGCUACAUAACUGAGUUAAUACAAGUCAUAUGACUGAGUUGCUUUUCCUCACAAGGGGACUUUCCUAGUUCCUGUGUUCUCCACACAAAGAGAUGGGUGGAAGAGGAAAGUAGUAUGAGAUUUGGACUUUGCUAAGCUAACAACGAGCUAAGCUAUUUUAGCUAGCGGGUACCCACAAC